AUGGGUAGGAUCAUGCAAAGUGAGAACUUCUGUUUGGUACUGACCAAAAAGGCUUCUCAUCAUCUCAAACCCACCAAAUUUGCAGGACAAUUGGAUAGAAGCAAUUCUGUAAUGAACUCCUCAGCGAUUUCAUGGAUGUCUCCGCCGGCCAUGAACAAUCCAAUGUUCAUAGAUCCAUGCGUCGAUGAGGACUUUGUAGCCUCGUUCGGGCAAGACUUUGGGAACUAUUUGUCCUCUCCGAGGAGCAACUCGAACGCAAACAACUCGUUCUACACUUCCUUCGGGCUCGAACAACCUAAGAUCGUGUCACAGCAAGUCCCUGAUAGUGGUACAUACUCACACUUCCCAAACAUGAUAAACCAGAACUGCAUGAUUAGUACUUAUCCCGCUGAUCACCAAGGUUCUACUGAUGACCCCACCAUUUUGAACUACUUUGUGAACCACAAUCCUCCACAAAAUAUCCAGCAGCUGCAGGUGAAUUUUGCCGAAGAAAAUGUUGGCUCGAUGUAUAAUGUGAAUGGAGAAGAAGGUGAUGUGGCGAUUAAGGCUCAGCCAGCGAAGAAGAAAGCUCGAAUUCGGCCGCCAUCGCAAACGUACGAUCACAUCAUAGCCGAGAGGCGGCGGCGCGAGCAGCUCAGCCAGUUAUUUGUAGCACUUUCGGCCCUUGUGCCCGGUCUAAAGAAGAUGGAUAAAAGCUCGGUCCUUGAGGACGCCAUAAAGUAUCUGAAACAGUUGAAGGAGAGAGUCGAAGCUCUAGAGGCAAACGCGGAGAAGCACGCGAUGGAAUCGGUUGUGGUCGUCAAGAAAUCACAGAUUAUAUUGGAGGAUAGUGAGGACGAGCAAAUUAGCAGCAGCAGCAGCAGCAGCCUUGAGGAGCAACUGUUGCCUGAGAUUGAGGUCCGAUCGUGCGAGAACCACUUGCUCCUCAAGGUGCAUUGCGAGAAGCAAAAGGGCGUGCUCGUCAAUUUGGUCAACAAAGUCGAGAGCUUGAAUAUGAUCGUUAUCAACACUAAUGCCACGACUUUUGGGAAUGUCACACUCGACAUCACCAUUGUUGCCGAGAUGGAGAAAGAGUUCAAGUUGACGAUGAAAGAAAUUGUGACGGCUAUACGAGAAGCUAUCAAGUCUCGCGGUGCCUAA